CAACGCCGGCCUGAUAUGCGCGCUUUAUGACGUCUGCGUUGCGAACCCUAAAUGGCUGUUUAUCGACCGGUGCAAAGAAGUUGAGUAAAGUCAAAGUAGAUGUCCUCGACUUCCACCGGCGUUGUGAAACGUGAGUGGUGAAAUGACUUUUCACCACGCGUCUCAAGAUUUUUAUGUCAGCUCCAUCUAUUAAGCAUCAUAAGAACUCGUUGAACAACUUAAAGUUUUUAGUCAAAAUUUAAGUUGAACGGCUAGUACACUAAAUAUGGCUACUUCAACUCAUCAGAUGUAGAGUGCUGUAUCACAUGGUUGUCGUUGUAUUUUUUUAAUUAAUUAAUAUUUGAAUUAAUAAUAAAAACAUCUGAGUGAAUAUAAAAUCAGUCAAAUAUGAAUUCUGAAGGUUAUGAGUUAGUGUCAUUCAUUACUCCUCCAGAUUUACGUCAAGCUGCUGAAGAAGCCCAAGAGGACAUACUACCAGCGUCGAAGAGAUUAUAUGAGAAAGCAUAUGAUAAAUUUAAUGAUUGGAGAAACGAACAUAAAACUAAGUCGGCAUCAGAAUCGAUACUAUUGGCGUAUUUUAAAAAAUUGGCUGAAAAUUAUGCGCCAACUAGUAUGUGGUCAAUUUACUCAAUGUUGAAAACUAUGAUUAACCUCAAGGAAAAAGUUGACAUUGGCAGGUAUGCUACUUUAACUGCUUUGUUAAAGAGAAAAUCAGAAGGACAUGUUUGUAAGAAAGCCAAUGUCUUGACACCUGAUCAAAUUAAUCAAUUUCUAUCAAAUGCUCCUGAUAAGGAAUAUCUACAUAAAAAGGUUGCAUUAAUUAUUGGAAUUAGUGGCGCAUGUCGAAAAUCUGAAAUAACUGAUCUGAAGUUUAGUGAUAUUAAAUCAGAAGGAGAUCUCCUUGUUGUUAGGAUUUACAAUAAAAAAUGUAAACGCGAAAAGUUUUUUACAAUUGGUGGAGAAUUCAGCCGCAUUGUCAAAAAGUACAUUGCUUUACGUCCCAAAAAAACUACCAAAGAUCGAUUUUUCAUGGCUUAUCGGAAUGGUGCAUGUAUUAACCAAGUUAUUGGCAUAAAUACAUUUGCGAAAAUACCACAACAAAUAGCAACCUAUUUAGGAUUAAAAAAUCCAUCAUCAUAUACCGGACAUACAUUUCGACGAAGCUCAGCAACUUUAGUUGCUGAUGCUGGAGCUAAUAUAACAACUUUGAAACGUCUUGGUGACUGGAAGUCAGCAGCAAUUGCAGAAGGAUAUGUUGAAGAAUCUGUUAAAAAUAAAGCCAGAAUUGGGAACAUUAUUGAAUCUGCUGUCAAUUUACCUUCUACGUCACAAAAAAAAAAUUAUGAAAUGCAUGCGAGUCAAGUAGCUAUACGGCAAAAAAUGGAUCCAGUAGUUGUACCAUCGACUUCACGGACAGAAGAUGAUGAUAUACACACGAGUAAAGUAAUCCAACAGCAAAAAGUUAAUACAGUCAUCAAUGUUGGACCAACUUCUUCCUCAGCAGCCGUUUCAUCUUCAAUGAAUGCACCAAUUUUUAAAUUUGAAAAUUGUACUGUUACUAUCAAUAACACUUACGUGAAAGAAAAUUAGCAUUAUAAUUUGUCAAAUAAAAUAUCUAAAAUCCAUUAUUUUUUAUACUAUGUACUGUUAUGUCAUGUAACCUUCAAAAUAAUUAAAAUUCAUUGUCAAAAAAUAAAUAAAUAAUAAUAAAUUGCUUAAUACAAAAUAACAAUAAAUUAAUUUUUGGAAAAAUUGACAUUUUUUUAAAGUCGAUGGUUUAUUGUAAUUUCGGGGAUGCACCGUGUCGCUAAACAGCCUCAGACUUCGCAUCGCAAAUUGUCAUAAAUCGCGAAAAUCAGGCAAUUGUUGAAUAAAAUAUAGUGCAUAGUAGGUUACUCAGAUAGUCUUUAUCCGGCGAGUGCAAUGAUUUCAGCACACGUCUCCGGGCCACAACACGGGCCUCCGGCCCGUGCAUGUGACCCUACGACUCGUGCUGAAAACAUUGCACUCACCACAUAAAGACUAUCUUAGUAACCUAACUAUGCAAUAUACUAUUUGUAUACGGAAAGAUUUUACUUAUAAAAUUAUAAAUAUUUAAGUCAUAAAUUAAAGAAAA